CGGCGCAGCACAGAAAAAAUGUCAGACGUUUGAGUGUCGUAGUUGGGGUUUCGUUGUGGUAGAUUUAUUGAAUAAUCCAUUGAAAAUUUUUCGAAUACUUGUGAACGUUCUCGCAGAAUUCAGAAAAUCGUUUUUAAGGGCGAUUGUUGUAUUUAGUUUUUGAAAAGUAAGUGAAUCGUAGUGUUUAAGACGUGUUAUGUGUAUAUUGAUUUUGUCGAUCUCGUUCUCCAUUUCGUCGCGCCGUGGUCAGAUCUUUGUUGAAGGCAAUUUUCGAAAUUGCAGUUUAUUUUAGAUUCGGUUCGUUUAUUAAAAUUCUCGUUGUGCAGUGGCAGUGUCCGUAAUUCAUUGGUACUUCAGUGACCCCCUGUGAUUGUGUAUAUUUUGUGUCCUUAUGGUGCGAACUAUUUUUAUUGAUUUGGACAUUACAUUUUACUUUAGUGAGACUUUCUCUUUCUCGUGACCUAUUGUAUAUUUAAUAUUGAUUCGCGUCGGUUAAUCGUGAGACGGUAAAGCGGUUACCUCCUUGUUCCCAUAUUAGAAUCUUUUUUCAUAAAUUUAGAUCCAGGUCAUAUUACUGGUAGUAUUUAUAGAGAGUGAUUGUGUGCAUGUUGAAUGAAUUGGUGAAUGGUAACAUUAGAUUAUUAAGUAUUUACUAACCAGCAUCAGUAAUGUUUCGUUCGAGAUUCGUUCUGAACCACAUUGUCUUUGGUGUCGGUGUAGCAAUGUGGUGGCUUAUCCGAUGUCUACUAACGCGUUUCGUGCUUUUAGCGCCGUUUGUUGAUCUUCGCGAAUUUCCAAUCUGAAAUGUGGCAAACAUUGGAAAGAAUUUGAAAAAUUGAGCAGUACCAUUUCUGAGCGACCAUUUGAAAAGUUUUUCAUGAAUUGAAAAAAAUACAAGUCGAUUGACAGAAACGGACAUUUAAUAGAAUGUCUUCGAGAAGGAGAAGUCGAAGUAGAGAUAAGAAAAUUUUGCCUGCCAAACUUAGAAUGGACACAAAACCUCAAGCAGUUCGAAUUACAGACCCUAGUUUACCUGCUGGCAGAAGAAGAGAAAUUGAUAAUGUUAUGAAAAAGGCUAGGGCUCAAAAAUCACCAAAUUCAGGCGUAUUUUGGGAUAAAAAACUUUUGGAAGUUGAAGCUAAAGAUCCAAACAGGUGGCGCCACAGCGGUUAUAAGUCGCUCUACAUCGACGGCGGUGGUUCUUCCUCGCCUUCGUCCGGCGACAAACGCAGCCGAUCGCGUUCCCCCACUUCCCCAUACUUCGGCCGCCGCUCCCCCCGAUCGCCUCCGAUGCGUCGCUCUUCUCCGUACGGCCGCGCGAGGUCGCCACGAUCGCCAAGGUCGCCGCCGCCGCGUAGCAGCAGGUCGUCGUCGCCGCCUCCUCGAAGGCGCUCGCCUCCUGGCAGCUACAGAUCGCCGGUAGUCGGAGGGGGCAGGAGAUCGCCUCCCCCGUCGUCGGCGCGGUCGUCGAGACCGUUAAUGAGACCUCGGUCACCCCGCGAGCCCCCUUCGUCAAGGCACAACGUGAAGCGACGCUCGAUCUCAAAUAGCUCUAUCAGCAGUUGUUCGGACGAUUCGUGUUCCGUGUGUUCGCCCAAGGCGCACAGGAACGCCAGAUCCAGAUCACGAUCCUUGUCUCCGAAACGCGUGCGUAAGCCACCCGUCAAAGUUGCCCCUAACCCGCCCAAACCCCGAGCUCGACCACGUCCCCCAUCUCCUUCCCCUCCGAGACGUAUAGCAAAACCAACUACCCCACCCCCAGCUUCGAGAAGAUUACCUAAACCAAGUCCGUCAGAUAGACCAACAGAUCCGAGAAGGCAACCCCCUCCACCAAGGCCAAGAGGCAGCACUGGAGAGAUUAUAAACGUGAGAGGAGUGAAACCGAAUGCCAAAUUCGGUGCUGUGAAGAAACCUGCUGACAAAAACACUUUACAACCGAUGUUAUUAAAGAGAGUAAAGAAAGAACGUACUGCAAAGAGACCUGGAUCCCCCGGCGUGGAAUCUUCAGGUUCUGAGGAUAGUGCAUCCCAAAUACCCGCACCUAUAGUUGCCACAACCAGUCUUACCUUGUCGGAGAGAUUUGGUAAAAUAGCUCAGUGGAGUGCAGACAGAGAAAAACGAGACAUGGAAAACAUGAGAAUAACAAAGACUGGAAGCAAUAUGAAAGUUCUAGUAGAAGAGGAUGAAUUUCUUUAUGGAAGCUCGCCUAGGAGCUUGUCACCAGUGCCAUCGGGUCAUUUCCCUGACAAACUCAUGUCUUCUAGCCAGUCAAGAACGGCAGCCUGGGACGACGUUAGAGUUCGUUAUCAAUAUUACAAAGACCUUGGUUAUUUAAGAGAUCUGACUCUGGAUGAUUACGUCAAAUGGGAAGAGUGGUGGUACAAAUAUCAAGAUUGGUUAGCGAACGAGAGGCAUUAUGAGCACUGGUUGAGCACUCAAGGAGGCGGAAGGAGGCGCGGCAAGAAACGCAUACCUGCAACGCAACGAUUGAACUAAGAGCAUACGAUUUGCUUAGCGUUAGUAUUAAAAUAUAUGGAAGAGGUGACUCUUGAUUAGGGUGAAAUGUUGGUGCAAAUAGGUGAAGGAAAAUGCUUGUCGUGUUUAAAUUUAUCGGCUUUUCAAUUUGAUUCUGUUUCCUGUAGGGAAGAGUUUCGGAAAAGUAUUUUCAUUUAGAGAUAUUUAUACUCACUUUCACCUCACGACUUUCUUUAUUCGCCCUAACAAAAGUAAAUUUAUUCAUUUCGAUGUUUUACAAAGCGUUAAAAAUAAUGUUGUACUACAGCUAAUAAGAAAAGAGCGGGAACAUUUUUCCUACAUUAUUCGAUAUAUAGGAAAAAUUCAUGAUUGAGUAUUCGAAAGGUAAUUUAUUGUGAAAUGAGCGAUUUUCAAUUCGUUUCUUUUUUUCUACAUUCCUUUUGAAAUGUUUGGAUAUUUUAUGAACAUUUUAUCUAAAAUUGAUAAGAAAGUAAAACUCAUUAUUCAAGUUCAAUAUCUCUGUCCUAUCAGAACUAUUUCUAACAUUUUAGUAUGCGUUUUUUGGAUAGUUGACAUUUCCUUUUCUAUGUGUACAUUCAUUUUACCGUUAGAAUGAGUGUAAUGUUGAAAAUUGGCUGAGUCUUUUAAUAAUGUUAAUCGAGAUGUUUCGGAAAAUUUAUACACAUGAUUGGACUUAAAGUUUUCAGACGAUCUAUAGCAUGUGAUCAAGGUAUGUAUAAUUUGUUAGGUAUUAGGGUUUCUUCAUAACAGAAAGUGAUCUAAUUAAUUUUAUUUAUUAUUUGUCUCAGUUUAUUGACUGUAGAUUUUAUUUUCAAAACUAUAGACAUUCAAAUUUAUGUAAUGUAGUACGUAAGCAUAAUAAAUGUUUUAUUUACU